AUGGAGACCAAGGACUUUGACCAGAAAAAAUCAGCGGAUGGUCCAUGGGAAAUUGCUAAUGGAGCAGCCAAGGUGAGACCUGAGUUACUCUCAGAAGAGAAAAUGCCCCAAGCCGACCUGAUCCAAGACAAAGAACCCCUUUACUACAACCCAAUUCAGAGAAACUCCAUAUUCAAUCGCACCGUGAUACGCAGAAGCAAAUGCAAAGCCAGAGACACUCCCGAGCCAAACGCUGGGCACCUGGCAGAUUCACUGGAAAAUGGAAAAUCUGUAAAAGAGCCCCCGGUUUUGAAUUUCUCCCAGAGCAGAACGCCCCUUUGGCCAAUAGAAAUUCAAACGGACCCAGGAGCCAAGAGAACGAGUGAGUCAUCCUCCACCCCAGGAAAUGGGGCCACGCCCGAGGAGUGCCCGGCUCUGGCCGACAGCCCCACCACCCUCACCGAGGCCCUGCAGAGGAUCCACCCCAUUCCCGCCGACUCCUGGAGGAACCUCAUCGAACAAAUAGGGCUCCUAUAUCAGGAAUACCGAGACAAAUCAACUCUCCAGGAAAUUGAAACCAGGAGACAACAGGAUGCAGAAAUACAAGCUGAUGACCUCCGCUCCCCAUCCAGCGAGGAGGCGCCUGAGGAGGAGGAGGAGGAGGAGGAGCCGGAGGAGCUGGCAAGCCCACCUGAGCGGAGGGCUCUGCCCCAGAUCUGCCUGCUCAGCAACCCGCACUCCAGGUUCAAUCUCUGGCAGGACCUCCCCGAGAUCCAGAGCAGCGGGGUGCUGGACAUCCUCCAGCCGGAAGAGGUUAAACUGCAGGAGGCCAUGUUCGAGCUGGUCACCUCUGAGGCCUCCUACUACAAAAGCCUGAACCUGCUCGUGUCCCACUUCAUGGAGAACGAGCGGCUGAAGAAGAUCCUGCACCCGUCCGAGGCACACAUCCUCUUCUCCAACGUCCUGGAUGUCAUGGCCGUCAGCCAACGGUUCCUCCUGGAGCUGGAGCGCCGGAUGGAGGAGAACAUUGUCAUCUCGGACGUGUGUGACAUCGUGCACCAUUACGCAGCCAACCACUUCUCGGUCUACAUCACCUACGUCAGCAACCAGACCUACCAGGAGAGGACCUACAAGCAGCUGCUCCAGGAGAAGGCGGCCUUCCGGGAGCUGAUUGCGCAGCUGGAGCUCGACCCCAAGUGCAGGGGGCUGCCCCUCUCCUCCUUCCUCAUCCUGCCUUUCCAGAGGAUCACACGCCUCAAGCUGUUGGUGCAGAACAUCCUGAAGAGAGUGGAGGAGAGAUCUGAGCGGGAAUGCACUGCCUUGGACGCCCACAAAGAGCUGGAACAGGUGGUAAAAGCAUGCAACGAGGGCGUCAGGAAAAUGAGCCGCACGGAGCAGAUGAUCAGCAUUCAGAAGAAGAUGGAGUUUAAGAUCAAGUCGGUGCCCAUCAUCUCCCACUCGCGCUGGCUGCUGAAGCAGGGCGAGCUGCAGCAGAUGUCAGGCCCCAAGACCUCCCGCACCCUGCGGACCAAGAAGCUCUUCCAGGAAAUUUACCUCUUCCUCUUCAACGACCUGCUGGUCAUCUGCCGGCAGAUCCCUGGAGACAGGUACCAGGUGUUUGACUCGGCCCCUCGAGGCCUGCUCCGCGUGGAGGAGCUGGAGGACCAGGGCCAGACGCUGGCCAACGUGUUCAUUCUGCGGCUGCUGGAGAACGCCGACGACCGGGAGGCCACCUACAUGCUGAAGGCGUCCUCUCAGAGUGAGAUGAAGCGCUGGAUGACCUCUUUGGCCCCCAACCGAAGGACGAAGUUUGUUUCCUUCACGUCCCGGCUGCUGGACUGCCCCCAGGUCCAGUGCGUGCACCCGUACGUGGCCCAGCAGCCAGACGAGCUGACACUGGAGCUGGCGGACAUCCUAAACAUCCUGGACAAGACGGAAGACGGGUGGAUCUUCGGUGAGCGUCUGCACGACCAGGAGAGAGGCUGGUUCCCCAGCAACAUGACUGAGGAGAUCUUGAAUCCCAAGAUUCGGUCCCAAAACCUCAAGGAAUGUUUCCGGGUGCACAAGAUGGACGACCCUCAGCGCAGUCAGAAUAAGGACCGCAGGAGGCUAGGCAGCCGAAACCGGCAGUGA